AUGAGUGAAGAAAACGAUCCUCUUUUAGCUGCUUUGAAUGAUGAUCAAUCCAAUGAUCAAAACGAACAGACGCAGUCACAAUCGCAAAGCAACGGUGAGACUCCUCGGCUAGAUGCCGAUGGAGACACCGAAAUACCCAAUGCAACCGUGGAAAAUGUAGAAGAUAUAGAUCCGGCUGAGAAGGAGAGACAUGAUGCAUUGACUGCUUUGAAAAACAAGCUAAUCGAACAUUUACACUAUGAGACCAAAUUAAAGGAGAUGCGUAAAAGCUUGAUUGAUUUAGAUAAAGAAUACAACAAAACUGAAGAUGAUAUAAAGGCGUUACAAUCUAUUGGUCAAAUAAUUGGUGAAGUUUUGAAGCAAUUAGAUAAUGAUAGAUAUAUUGUCAAAGCAUCUUCAGGUCCUCGUUAUAUUGUUGGAUGUCGUACAACCCUUAAUAAAGAAAAGUUAGUUAAGGGUGUUAGGGUGUCAUUGGAUAUGACUACAUUGACAAUAAUGCGUAUAUUGCCACGUGAGGUAGAUCCAUCUGUUUAUAACAUGACAACUUUUGAACCUGGUGAGAUUUCAUUUACCGGUAUUGGUGGUUUAAACGAACAGGUUAGAGAAUUAAGAGAAGUUAUUGAAUUACCGUUGAAAAACCCUGAAUUAUUCCAAAGAGUCGGUAUCAAGCAACCUAAGGGGGUGCUACUAUAUGGUCCUCCGGGUACUGGUAAGACUUUAUUAGCAAAGGCAGCUGCUGCCACUAUUGGUGCGAACUUCAUAUUCUCACCUGCAAGUGCUAUUGUUGAUAAAUAUAUUGGUGAAUCGGCCAGAUUAGUGAGAGAAAUGUUUAGCUAUGCAAAGGAACACGAACCUUGUAUUAUUUUCAUGGAUGAAGUUGAUGCUAUUGGUGGUAGAAGAUUUAGUGAAGGUACAUCUGCUGAUCGUGAAAUUCAAAGGACUCUUAUGGAAUUGUUGAAUCAAAUGGAUGGAUUUGAUUCUCUAGGACAGACCAAGAUUAUCAUGGCAACCAAUAGGCCAGAUACUUUAGAUCCAGCUUUGCUAAGACCGGGUAGAUUAGAUAGAAAAAUUGAAAUUCCAUUGCCUAACGAAGCAGGUCGUUUGGAGAUUUUCAAGAUUCAUAUUGCCAAAGUCCAAAAACGAGGAGAUAUUGAUUUUGAGCCAUUAGUCAAGAUGAGUGAUGGUUUCAAUGGUGCCGAUAUCAGAAAUGUCAUAACCGAAGCCGGAUUUUUUGCAAUCAGAGAGGAUAGAGACUAUAUUAUUCAGGGUGAUUUGAUGAAGGCAGUAAGAAAGAUGGUCGAAAAUAAAAAACUUGAAGGUAAACUGGAUUACCAAAAGUUAUAG